AUGGUGGUGGGAACUUGGUUUAACAAGAAGGUCAUCGACCCUCUUCUCCAAAUCCCCAAAGAGGUGCAGAGCCAAAGCAAACUGGCGUUUUCUACUGCUCUUGGGCUCACUUUGGGAGUUUUUCCCAUUGUGGGAUGGGUCACAGUGUUUUUAUGUGGGAUUGCUAUCGCAGUGCUUAAAUCUCGUUGUCAUGCUCCAAGUAUGAUGCUUGCUAAUUUUAUUGCUACUCCAAUAGAAUUGAGUCUGGUGGUUCCCUUCUUGCGAUUUGGUGAAGCUCUCACUGGUGGACCUCAUUUUCCAUUAACAUCUGAUGCGCUGAAGAGGGUUUUGACUGGCAAAGCUUCACAGGAGGUCCUAUUCAGUGUUGCUCAUGCGGUGAUGGGAUGGAUAGUUGCUUCACCUUUCAUUUUGGCAGCACUCUACAUGAUAUUUUUGCCGGUUUUCAAGUUCCUGCUUCAGAAGUUUAGCACCGUUCCUUUAAGCCCCAAGAAGCCACUCCUUUCACACUCAGAAAUCAAGCUCAAGACUUCUCUGAUGGGUUCUGGAACCGCAACUCGCAGUUCCCCUAUGGGUACUGAUGAUGACUAUUAAGCCAUUGACCGAUGCAAGGGCAGUGAAAUGCAUGGCUGGAAACACCUGAGCUAUUGCACCAAUGGCUCUUAGAGCUAGCCUUGUUAUGUGGCUCAUUCGGCAUUCAAUUCAGAGAUUGAUUAUACAACUCAUUCCGCAUAUCAUACCGUUACCAGAUAACAAGAUUUCAGUUCCUGCCUUUUUAUCUUUAAAUGCUUCAAAUUUUGCUUCUUCAAGAAGGAGACUUGGCAAUGGCCUUGAAUAGAGCCAGAUAACUUGUAGAGGCUGGUUCCUAUUUGUUUACUUUAUUUCUAAGUCUCCUCAGCUUUGCAUAAAAUGAACGAUUAUCACAGCUGAAACUCUUAAGGUUCUGUUAGUUUAUUCUUGAAGCAAUGCUCUGCACUUGUGCAGAAGCAAACUCAACCUCUAUAUAUAUAGUUCACCUCUGCCAGCUCCGCUGUAGAUAUGUACAGUUAUUUUAUGAUCCCGAUAUUGUUAGUUAGCAUCGGUAAAUGAUUUUUUGGCGUCAUCUAUCACUACACGGUAAAAAAGUC